AUGAAAAAACCAAUUAAUAAUAAUAACAAUAAAAUUGAAAAUGAAGAUAUAGGUACAUCUUCAUCAAUUUCAGGAUCAGCACAAUCAGAAUCAGUAUUAGAACCAUCUACAAAUAUAAUAAAACAACAAAAACCAAUUAAAAAUAAAAAAAAAACAAAUAUAAUAGAAACAACAACUGAAACACAACAAGAAAAACAACUACAACAGCAACAACAACCACAACAACCAAAAGAAAAUAUUGAAAUUUUUGUAAAAUCAAUAGAAGUUACAAAUAUAAUUAAUUCAAUGUUAUCAUGUUCACCACAUUUUGAAAAAUAUUCAAAACAAGAUAAUGAUACAUCUGAAAUGUUAAAGAAAUAUACAGAUAUUAAACAAAAUUCAAAUGAUCCAAAUCAAAGUGUAAAUAGUAAAAAUAACUCACCAUUUUAUAUGUUAGAUAAUAAAGAUGAUAAAAAAUCAAAAUCACAACAACAACAACAAAAAACAAAAGAAUUACAAAAAUCAAAAGAUGUAUCAUCAAUGACUAAAAAUCAUUUAGAGAAUAUUUUAAUAGAUAAAAAUAAAAAACAAAACUCUUAUAUUAGUGCUCAAAAUAAUAAUAAUUCAUUUAGAUAUAAACCAUAUGAUAAUAAUAAUAAUAACAAUUAUAAUAAUAAUAAAUUCUCAAAAAGUAAUAACGAAGAUAAUGAAAGUAAAAGUUCAUCAAUCAAUAGAAAUUCAAAAAUAAAUAAAAUAAAUUCUCAACAACCUAAAAAAGGAAUGUGGGAUUAA